CCAUUUUGUCCAGCGGCAGGAAGAUCGUAUCUCUAAAAUCUGAGCCGGUUUUAAGGAAGAUUCGGCGUUUUGUCGACCCUACAACAACAGAAACACACAGAACAAAACAAGAUGGCGAGUGCUGGAAGCACCGAAUCCAGUUCCACAGCCUUUUUUGUCUAUCCUGAGACUGGGCUUCUAAGGAAGCUAAAACUGAGGGAUGCGACGCCUAAAAAGCUGAAACAAGCUCUGAAGCUUCCGGGGUAUCCUGUCGUUCUUGUGGACACAGAGGAGGAGGAGGCGAUCUUCGUAGAUGGAGAUGGAAACGACAGUCUGUUCUCCGACUUAGUACCCAACAAACAGUACGAGGUCCAGCUUGAAGAGGUCGACACCACUGAAAUAGCUGAGAGAAGCUACGAGAUUCCUGUGGACAAACUGCCACCAUUUCCAGCGAACGAGACAAACAAUGAAGAGCAGGACUCACCCGUACAUAUGCAUGAACAGGGCUGUAUGAAGCAGAGGCAGGACUUUACACAGCAGAUAGACAGGGUUAUACAGGGCCUUACAGAGGGUACGGAUACAGGAAUAUAUGUACAGGGCCGUACAGAGCAGACAGAUACAGGCGUACAUGUACUGGAUACAGAGCAGACAGAUACAGGCAUACAGGGCCGUACAGAGAAGACAGAUACAGGCGUACAUGUGCCGGGUACAGAGCAGACAGAUACAGGCGUACAUGUGCCGGGUACAGGACAGACAGAUACAAGCGUACAUGUGCCGGGUACAGAGCAGACAGAUACAGGCGAACCGGGCCGUACAGAGCAGACAGAUACAGGCAUACAGGGCCGUACAGAGCAGACAGAUACAGGCAUACAGGGCCGUACAGAGCAGACAGAUACAGGCGAACCGGGCCGUACAGGGCAGACAGAUACAGGCGUACAUGUGCCGGGUACAGAGCAGACAGAUAAAGUUGCGGUAAAACGUACUGCGGAAAAUCGCUUCGUGUGUACGGAAUGCGACUACAGGGCAACCUCCAAGGCUAACCUGGUGAAGCAUAUAAGGACACACACAGGUGAGAAGCCCUAUAAAUGUGGCCACUGCGACUAUUCUGCUGCACAGAAAGGCCAUUUAGACCAUCACAUCAAGGCGAAACACACUGGAGACAAACCCUACAUGUGUGUGGUGUGUGUGUACAGGACAACUAACAAGUCUACUCUAAUCCGACAUAUGAAGACCCAUACUGGAAACAACCCCUACAAAUGUGACCAGUGCGACUAUUCUACUGCACAGAAAGGCCAUUUGGACCAACACAUGGCUAAACACACUGGAGACAAACCCUACAUGUGUGGGGAGUGUGGAUUCAGGACAGCUUACAGGUCUGCUAUAACACUACAUAUGCGAACCCAUACAGGAGAAAAACCCUACAGAUGUGACCAGUGUGACUUUUCUUUUGCACAGAAAGGCCAUUUGGACCGACACAUGGCUAAACACACUGGAGAAAAACCCUACAAGUGUGAGAAGUGUAACUUUUCUACAGCACAGAAAGGACAUUUAGACAUACACAUGGCUAAACACACUGGGGCAAAACCCUACAAAUGUGACCAGUGUGACUAUUCUACUGCACAGAAAGGCCAUUUGGACCAACACAUGGCUAAACACACUGGAGACAAACCCUACAUGUGUGAGGAGUGUGGAUACAGAACAACUUACAGGUCUGUUCUAUCCAAGCAUAUGGCUAAACACACUGGAGACAAACCCUACAUGUGUGAGGAGUGUGGAUACAGGACAGCUUACAAGUCUGCUCUAACCACGCAUAUGAGGGCCCAUAUUGGAGACAAACCCUACAUGUGCGGGGAGUGUGGAUUCAGGACAGCUUACAGGUUUGCUCUAACCCGACAUAUGAAGAGCCAUACUGGAGACAAACCCUACAAGUGUGACCAGUGCGACUUUUCUACUGCACAGAAAUGCCAUUUAGACGAACACAUGGCUAAACACACUGGAGAAAAACGCUAUGAAUGUGACCAGUGUGACUUUUCUGCUGUAGAGAAAAAGGAUGUAGACUCACACAUAGUUAAACAAAAUAGAGACAAACCUUAUAUCAAUGAAUGAAAGUUUAUUAUUGUGUCUUGCGACUACACACCACCCAAAUGUGCUUAUAAGACACCAACAAAAGAAAAACAUCAUAGUACAAAUAAUAGUGUACAGAGUCAAAUCAAAAGCUAGCAUAGGAGGUAGAUAAUGUUAUACAGACAUAGGUGAAGUAGUACACACU